AUGCGUCAAUAUGACUCGUCCCCUAGCAGCCUCGUGGACGCCGCCACGUGCGUGUGGAAUCAGUACUACCCAGAGGACCACAACAUCGGCACCCGGCAGCCGGGCGAGACCCGCUCGGCGCAGUAUUACAGCCCCAUUAGCGACACGGACGGCCGCUUCCAGGCCGCCAUGACCUUCCUCAACUGCUUCCGGGACGGCGAACAGUGGGCGCCGCUGCUGCAAUGCGACUUGACGCAGCCGAACGUGACGGUGGUGUGGCUCCACUACGCGGAGCUCAUUCGCACGGGCACGGCGGACUUUGAGCGCGCGCUGACCGAGAACAUCGAGGACGUGCUGCUGUGUCUGGGUAUUGCACUGUGUAUGCGACGUCACGAGCUGCGCGUGGAGGCGGAGGAGGAUAUCACCAGGAAACGCAGUGUGCCGGUGGACCGAACCAAGAUCACGGUUCGACUGCAUGGAGUGACGCCCGUGCUGCCCAUUGCAGCACUGAAAGCGGACGUGGUGAACCAGUUCGUGAGCGUCGUGGGGACAGUGGUGAGAGUCAGUGCCAUUAAGCCGCUGGUCACGAGGUGCGACUUCGUGUGCGCCAAGUGCAACGAAGCCACGUCGCGAGCCUUCCCGGAUGGAAAGUUUGUUCCGCCACAGAGGUGCGAGAACUCGCCGUGUCGAGGGAGGACGUUGCUGCCGAACCGAUCGUCGGUGGAUACGGUCGACUACCAGAAGAUCAAGCUCCAGGAGAUGGAAACCACGGACGUUGGACCCGGGCGCAUGCCCAGAAUGAUUGAGGUGGAACUGUAUGAAGAUCUCGUUGACUCCUGUAUUCCUGGCAACGUGGUGACGAUCUCCGGCGUCGUGAAGAGCAUCAACUCGGAAAUCCACGAAGGAAGAUACGGCAAGCGUGCACAGGCAAACAGCUUGUAUAUUCUGUACAUCUGCGCCAACUCGGUUGAAAACUCGGCCAAGGUUGAUAAAGAUAAGGACAAGGACAAGGCAUCGGAUAUCGACUUCACGAAGGAGGACCUGGAGCAGAUCAGCAACAUUAUCAAUCAGGGCAACGUGUUCGACCACCUCGUUCACUCUCUUUGUCCCGGAAUUUACCGCAACGAUAUCGUAAAAGCGGGCCUGAUCCUGGCACUACUCGGAGGAACGCGGAAUACGGACGAUAAAGACACCACGUGCGUACGAAGAGCGGACUCUCAUGUGCUGGUCGUUGGAGAUCCUGGUUUGGGUAAGAGCCAAAUGCUUCGAGCUGUGUCUAUGGUCGCCCCACGAGCAGUGUACGUCGGAGGAAAUACCACCACCACGACUGGAUUAACGGUCACUAUGGUGAAGGAUGGAUCCGGCGACUACGCGCUAGAAGCUGGCGCCCUCGUUCUCGCGGACCAGGGUGUAUGCUGCAUUGAUGAGUUCGACAAAAUGGGCAUCGACUACCAGGCGCUGCUGGAAGCAAUGGAGCAGCAGAGUAUCAGCAUUGCCAAGGCUGGCAUCGUGUGCAAUCUGAACGCGAGGACGUCAGUCAUCGCAGCAGCCAACCCUAGUGGUGGACACUACGACCGCAGUCGCUCAGUUGGGGAGAAUCUUAAGAUGAAAGCCGCGUUGCUUUCCCGUUUCGACCUCGUCUUUAUUCUGCUUGACCGACCGGACGAAGAGCGCGAUCGACUCCUGUCGGAACACGUGAUGAACUCGCACGCGCGCGGUAGGCGGAAGUCAAGAAAACGCGCGAGAGACAGCAGCGCGCCGAUGGGCUCCUGGAGCUCCAGCAGCUACGCGGAUGAACCGCCAGCUAGUGGCUACGAAGAGGCUCCGCCCUCGGAUCACCAGUUGCUGUCACACCGUCUUCGUCAGAAUGCGGCCGAGUACACCAUGAGUCCAAUCCCGCUCUACUUCGUGCGCAAGUUCAUCGCCUACGCGCGUCGAUACGUGCACCCGCGACUAUCGUCCGAGGCCGCCGCAGUGCUACAGAAGAAGUAUCUGGAGCUUCGUUCCGCCGGUGAAGGCCAACAGAACCCGACCGACAGUAUCCCGAUCACAACGCGUCAGCUAGAGUCGCUGAUCCGCCUCUCACAAGCCCGCGCCCGAGCCGAGCUGGCCGAAACCGUCUCUGCCGAGCACGCGCAAGACGUGGUCGACAUCAUGCAGGAGUGUCUGCUGGACACUCUGACCACGGAGGACGGGAACCUGGACUUCGGCCGCAGCGGGGGCAUGAGUCUGGCCAAGAAGGUGAAGGCGUACGUGGCGCGGCUCAUGAAAGCCGCGGCCAGACGCAACACGUCGCUGUUCACCAUGGACGAUCUGCUCGAAGUAGCCGACAGUAUGGGGCUCAAGGUGGACGACUUCCGGGACUUCGUGGACAUCCUCCGCAACGAGUGCUACCUGCUGAAGAAAGGCCCCGGGCAAUUCAAAGUGCAGGUGUCCUCGUACAACAUGAUGGAGGGCGCUCUACUGUGCAUGAGUGGGGUCGCUCUACUUGAUGUUGAGCUUCUCGCGACGGGCCUUGGUCUCCUGGUCCACGAUGUCCUGCGGUCUCUCGGAGGAGAAGAGGUCGUGGCCGGCCUUUUGCUCUGCAGUACAGGGUGCAAGCAAGGAGGAGUCAGUACCAACAACACAGAGAGAGAGACCAUAGAGGGCUAUGGAUCGGCGACGCGUACGCUUGCGGAUGACGGGGUACGCGCAGAUGGCGAGGCAGAUGGAGGUGCCGACGAACACCUUGCCGCCCUGGCCCAGCGGCAGCUUCUCGAGGAACGUGAGCAGCAUCUCGGUGACUAG